GGGUUGAAAGGUCAUGAGUAUAUACACCUGCUUUUGAUACUUCAGGUUCUGUGUCAGGUACAGAACAAACGCUUCGACAUUAACCACCACCACGGCUGUCCCUGCAGGGUUGCUGUUGGACUUUCAAAAGAAAUAGCACACUUUUGCCUUCCCUGUGUGCGAGCAAGGUCAUGUGCAGACACCAAACCGAAGGCCAUGGACACCUCCUGGAGAUUAUAACACAGUAAUGUUGUGUUCACAUUUUCCCCAAACACUGAUUACGGCUCAUUCUAGCAGUAACAAUCCCAGCCGAGGAGAGAGCGAGAGAGAGAGCGAGAUUCACACAAAUCUCAGAAGAUACUGUUGCUUUCUCUGAUGAAGGUAAAGCUUUUGGUAGGGCACUGAGAAGAGGCUGAGCUUAACUUGAGUCCCUUUGCUGCUAUUCAAAAGUUAGACAAACAUCUUUGUUUAAAGGGUAAGUCAGGUACUUUGCUUGUUUAAACCUGCGGUCGAGCCUCGAUAUCCAGCGACAGAGGAAAGGAACCACCCCUGGAUAGGGUCUUGGUCAUCAUUCUCCGUCCGUCCGUUGCCCCGGAGCUGUCGUUUUAAGGGUGGGGGUGGGAGGUAGUGUGGGGCUGCAGCCAUGUUGCGUAGGCUGGUCUGGUUGAUGAUGGUCCUGGGGACCGGCGGCAUGGCUAGGGCCUGUCCGGACGAAGACAUGCCCAGGGAGCUGGUCCUGGCUCUGUUCAAGGACUGGGUGCUGGGGCGGAUGGGGCUGGAGGCCCCGCCAGUGGCCCCUGCGUUACCCCCGGGCUGGAAGGGACCCAGGCGGCGGCCAGGGAGGUCUAGCAGCGCGGCGGUGGCUGAGGAAGACCACAAGCAGGACCUGGAUGUCUCCCAAGUCAUUGUGUUCCCCAGCUCCGACUCGCCGUGCGGCAGAACUGAGGUGAGGGAUGCUGAAACGGCCACCUUCCACUCGUAUCAUUUCCAACCGUCCGUCAACCCCCAGGAGCUCUUGAUCACUUCGGCUCACUUCUGGUUCUAUGCCGGACCGGAGUCCAACUCCUCCAGCCCGCUCUACAUUCUGAACUCAGGGCAACACCCAGACCACUUGGCCGCCGUUGCUCUUGCAUUGACCAGCUCGGACGGCUGGGCCACGUAUGAUCUGGACGAUCACCACCGGCCAGCCAAGGUUUACUCUGGGCCGCUUACGCUGGAGGUGCGCUGUACCAACCGCCUACCCCUCAUCGAAGACCCGGAUAAAACUCCUUUCCUUCAUCUCCGUGCUCGCCGGCGGGUUUCCGGUCGUUGGCCACGCCACGCGAUCCCGUGGUCCCAGUCCGCCGCGGACCUGUUGCAGCGGCCCUCUCAGCAGCAGCCGGAGUCUCGAGACUGUUGGCGGGACGCAGUGGAAAUCAGCUUUGAUGAACUGGGCUGGGGAAACUGGAUCGUCCACCCCAAGGUAGUGACUUUCAGCUAUUGCCACGGUAACUGCUCCGCCCCCGACCGUGGCACCGCCCUGCUGGGGAUCAAGCAGUGCUGCGCCCCAGUCCCGGAGUCCAUGAGGUCCUUGAGGAUCACGACCACUUCGGACGGCGGGUACUCGUUCAUGUACGAGACUCUGCCCAACAUCAUACCUGAAGAGUGCAGCUGUUUCUAAACAGACUAGGCAGAAAACUAUAAAAUGAAAUAGGCCGUGCAGUAGUAGACUACUAUUGGGAAAUCAGUGUGGGCUAAUGCUUCAUCCCCUCCCAGCUGAAACUUUAUAGCUCACUUAUUACACACUUGAAAACUGUUCUUGUCGCUCGUCCUUCCCACAUUUCUGCAAUGAUGCUUUGCUACAAUAUGCUUGUAUGUUAUGUAUGCAAAAAUAAAACACUGAAACUGAAUAUUUUGUCUGAGCAACCUUGGGGGCAGGGAAGGCAGACCUUCGGACGACAUACCACUUCACAGCCCUUUUACUUCGUCAAGCUGUCCAUUUUAAUCAAAUACAUGUCUGACAACUGCACUUCAUGGCCUUCAUCAUGCCCAUCUACCUCUGCAUAUCUUGCCAAAAGGUAUUGGUCUGUCAUUUGGUUGUUCUGUUAACCUUGCCCUCUUAAAAGCAACACCAACAAUAGAUAUUAGUCAAUGCCACCCAUGAGAAGGUCUGUCAAGUCAGACAUUAAGGAAACCUCAACUUUGAUUGCUCAAAGUGUUGCAAAUAAUGUUUGUGUUUGGGACAACAGACACUUUCAAACACAAAUCAAAUGCAUUCA